GUCGUAGACUACAGAUUGGGUUUAAUGACAGAUAGUAGGAAGUUCAAGAAAAUUAAUUAGCAUAGAAGAGAAAACGAAAGUUGAUGAUGUUCUAUUUAAAACUGUGUUGAAACGAAACAAUGCAAUAUUAUUUAUUGAUUUUGAGUUUAUCUAGUAUAUUUGCAUUUUCUACGGCUCAAUCCUAUGACGACAAAAGAUGUAAAUGUAUAUGUCCCAGUAUAUCGUCUGUGACAAAUAAAACUGAAUCAAAAAAUCAUACAUCCAGAAUUUUGUACAUUACGAAUGUACCUCCAAACAAAUGCAAUUGUGAUGGGGUAAUCCUGCCAAGAAUCGGUCAAGAUAUUGUUGGAAAAGAACAAGAAUUCUGUCCUAGAUGUGAUUGUAAAUAUGAAAACAGAAAUACUACAAUUAUUAAAGUGGUCGUAAUAAUUGUUAUCUGGGUGAUUUCAAUAUUGGUAAUUUACAUGGCCUUUUUAAUAAUAUUGGAUCCUUUGUUGAAUAAGAGAAUCAAAGGAAACUACCAGGAACAUACAAAUGAGGAGGAUGAGGUAGCGGCCGGAUCAAUGUCGCACAAUAUGAGCGUAAGAGGAAAUGUGUUGAAUAGAGUCGGACACCAACAGGACAAAUGGAAAAGACAAGUUAAAGAGCAGCGAAAAAAUAUUUAUGAUCGUCAUACCAUGUUGAAUUAGCUUGUUGAAACUCCAUUAUUAAUUAUAGAAUAAAUAUUUGUAUUUGUAAA